CGGCCCGGCACGGUAUAAAGUCACUCGGCGAAGAGAAGACGGGAGUGAACGGAGCGGCUGGACAGAAAGUAAAACGUGCGCACAACAGUCCGUCCUUACCGAGACGACAAAAGAGCGUUUUCACUCUUUCAUUUUAUCCCCGCUUCGCGUUUCCGGUCAGAAUGGUUCUCACGGUCAAGAAGCUGAAGACUUUCGAAGUUCGGUUCCGGGACCCGAACCGCUGCUUUUACCACAGCGGGGAUAAGGUGGCGGGGGAGAUCCUGGUGGAGGUGUUGGAGCCGACCCGGGUGUCCGCGAUCCGGGUCUUCGGAGCGGGUUGCGCCAAGGUAGAGUACGCCAAGGGGAAGCAGAGAUGCCGGGAGGAAAUGGAGUACCUGAAAUACGAGGAGACGCUUCACCUGGACGGACAGCCCACAGAUGGAGAUGGCUGCAUCUUGCUCAGACCAGGAACCAGAUACGAGUUCAUGUUUGGCUUUGAGCUGCCUUCUCCCGGACACUUGGUCUCCUCCUACAAGGGGAAGUUUGGCUGCGUGCGUUACUAUGUGCGCGCUGUGAUGGAGAGGCCUUCCCAGCAUGCCUUGCACUGUGAGAGAGAGUUUGAGGUGGAGGAGCCACUGGAUGUCAACACCCCUGACCUGCUGGCACCAGCAGCAGGUAGUAAAGAGAAGAAGGUGACCAUUAUGUUCAUUCCAGACGGUCAGGUGUCCAUCAGUGCCAGGAUUGACAGAAAGGGUUUCUGUGAGGGUGAGGAAAUCUAUGUCAACGCCAAGUUUGAGAACACCUGUUCUCGCAUUGUGGUGCCUAAGGCUGCUAUUGUGGCCAAACACACCUACCUGGCCAACGGGCGCACCAAGGUGCUACACGAAAAACUAUCCUCAGUGCGCGGGAACCACAUUAUCCCAGACAUGUGUGACAUGUGGCAGGGGAAGAGCAUCCGCGUGCCCAAACUGAAGCCAUCGCUGAAGGGAUGUGACAUUAUCAGAGUGGACUACACCCUCAUGAUUUCCAUCCACAUCCCGGGCAGUGACAAGUUGUUUAUAGAGUUGCCUCUGGUUAUUGGUACCAUCCCGUUCAGUGGUUUUGGCAGUCGCACCAACAGCAUGAGCAGCCAGGCGGAGUCACUUGGCAGCCCAUCAGCCAGCUGGGUGUCACUCCCCUCAGCACCCCCUAGCUACAGUAACAUUCAUCGUGACCUGCGCGUGGACAGCCCCCUCACACCACUGCUGGACGAUUGCGAUGAGGAUGAGGAUGGACUUUUCAUGUGGGCGCCAGAGCAACCAUAUCCCCCUCCCCCUGCCUACUCUGAGGUUGACGCGACGUCUAAGUUUUCUUGAGGACAGCGGUCGCUGUGGAGCAGAGAGACGGAAGAGAGUGGACUGGACCCCGGUCCAAUGGCUUCAUCUCCUCUUUUAAAGGUUCUGAGGAGCAGAGAAACAGAGCCGUAGAGAUGACAGACGUGUCAGUGGGACGUUUGUAUGAUGUUAAGCCUUCCUGUUUCCAUCCAAGCAGAUGUUCAAGGCUGAAAGCUUAGUCCUUUCAGAAUCAGUCAUUCCAUGUUAGUUCUGUUCUAAAAUGUCAAACAUUUGACAGCCAUCUUGUUGUUUGGAAUUCAACGUACCUGUCAGUGCAUUGGCAAAGUCCACAACUAGCAAGUUCUUCCUGACAUUUCUACAUAUUGAUCAUCUUACUAAAGGAGUACGGUAUUUCUGCUGUGUUUUAUGUGUUCAUGCACUUUCUAUUGCGAAAACUGUUCUGUUGUUACACGAGUGAACAUGUUUUUCCCUGAUUAGUUUUCUUUUAGGUUUAUCAUGGUACUUUCGUAAUAAUACAUGUUGACGCGAUGCCUUUUUUUUUGAAGGAGAGGAUAUGAAAACUGAUUACAGACAAGCUUUAAAGUUGUAAUUGUGGAAGAUAUGGUACCGUAUAUUUUCAAUAGCAAUGCAAAGCUGUAAAUAAGAAAUGUUUUAUAUGAUGCCCCAAGGGGGUUCAAUAUUUUUUUUCAGUAGAAUAAAUAAAGUUUAAUAUUGUCAA